GUAAUGAUAAAUUGGGCCGUAAAGUAAAGGCCCAUUAUAAGUAGUGAGAAAAAAGCAAAAAGAGACUCACCUGACAAAUCUCACCGGAGAGAAGUCUAGAUCUCUUCUCUCUACAAGCUCGUCACCGGCGAAAAAGCGAAAGGCGAAAUCCUCUUCUCCGACGUUAUAAUGCCGUUCAAGGCGGUGGUAGAAGUGGAACCUCCGAGUCUGCUGCGGUACUUGAUCGGAGCGGCGGUAAUGAUGAUCGGCGUCGUAUUACCCGUUGGUUACAUGAUGUUCCGUAACAAGCGCGUCCCCUUCUCUUCAUCGUACUCUAAACAGACAAAGCCAGAGGCUGCAGUUGAAUUCAACUGGAUUGAGAAGGAUGAUGACCUAUUGAUAUGGACGACUAUCCUUCAAUAUCAUCAGUUUCAUAAUCUAAAAAUGUGA